UGCGCUCCAACCACCACCAUGAAGUCCCACUCGUUGCUUGCCAUCAUAUCUCUCGCCGUCGUGGGCGCAGCCGCCUACAACGACGACCAGAUUACUCUUCAGAAUUCUCUGCAGAGCUACCCGGGAUAUGAUCUCGAUUUAGGUGCACUUCGAUGGGUCCAGCUAGAAGGACAAGACCCUGUGCUGAUGACCGAACUUGAGAAAAUCAAUCUCAAGGCAGCAGGGAACAAGUUCUUCGAUGUCUCCGAAACCCCUCAGCUCGGGUACAACGCUCAAAUCAGAGUCAACAAGAAACCGGCGUACCCGUCUCCCAAUAAGACAGACCUUGUCAAGCCCAUACUCAAGACUCUGGAGAUUGACAACCUGAAGACAGGGCUCAAGGCGUUCACUAGCUUCCGGACGAGAUAUUACCGUAGUGAUACCGGGAAGCAGAGUCAAGAAUGGCUUCUGGCCACCAUCAACGAGAUUACCAAGGACUAUGCCUCGGACUCCUUGAGGGAGCUCAUCACCGUGCAGGAAUUUCCGCAUACGUGGAUCCAGAGCUCAGUGAUUGCUCGGAUCAAUGGCUCUUCCACCGAUGAUGACGGCGUCGUUGUUAUUGGGGCACAUCAGGACAGCACGAACUUAUGGCCUUUCCUGCCCGCUCCCGGCGCUGAUGAUGACGGGUCCGGUUCCAUGAGCAUCCUGGAAGCUUACCGGGCGCUGCUCGCCGCUGAUUUCCGUCCGGAACUUAGUGUCGAGUUCCAUUGGUACUCCGCAGAAGAAGGCGGACUUCUGGGCUCCCAGGCAAUCGCCCAAGAAUACGAGCGUCGUGGUGUGAACGUUGUGGCAAUGAGUCAGUACGACAUGACGGCAUGGGUUAAGAAAGGCACGCGCGAAGAGGUUGGCGUAAUCGUCGAUUACGUUGACGCAGACUUGACGGAGCUGAACAAGCAAUUGGUCGACCUGUAUCUGGACAUCCCAUAUGCCGAGACGAAGUGCGGUUACGCCUGCAGCGACCAUGCCUCGUGGGCUAAGGCAGGGUAUCCUUCGGUAUUCACCAUUGAGAGCACCUUCGAGAACUCCAACAAGAACAUUCACAGCGCGAACGAGUGAGUGGACACUCUUUGAUCUUUCGCCUGUAGAAAUACUAACGGCUGUUGUAGCCGUUUCGAUACCUCGGACGAAUUCAGCUUUGAGCACAUGCUAGAAUUCUCCAAGCUUGCUGUCGGCUUUUCAGUUGAGCUCGCGGGAUGGACAAAGUCCGAGUGACGCCACACCACCCUCGCGCGCUCGCGGUGAACAUGCCGCAACAAAGCACGUU